CUCUCUCUCUCUCUCUCUCUCUCUCUCUCUCUCUCUCUCUCUCUCUCUCUCUCUCUCUCUCUCGCUCUCUCGCUCUCUCGCUCUCUCGCUCUCUCUCUCUCUCUCGCUCUCUCUUUCCCCAGAUGGACCACGACCCACGGAACCCAGCCUACAUUGCUACUCAAGGCCCUCUCCCCUCCACGGUGGCUGAUUUCUGGCAGGUACAGUCCUCUCUUUCAUAAAAUCAAUAUCUUCUCCAGUCUUAAACAAGAAGGGAACCGUGUUAUUAGCAGUGUAAUUCAAACAGGAAACAAGUGCUUUUUGUAGACGCCAUAGCCUCCAUAUAUACCGCUACACAAUCUACUUGCAAACGAUAAUCAAAUAUCAGUACACAUUAAACAUACAGAUAGACCUGGUUGUGUCACGCUAGGAGAGAAAGGGAGGUCGUCUUGAAUUAGAUUUUAUUAUUUAAUGCAAUCGAUAAAGUGGUUCAUUCUUAUUCUACCUCUCUGGUAAUGGUACUAUGUAGGGAAUGGGGAAUGGGUCACCAGUGUGCUACUGAGUGGAAGGAAUGCCUGGCCCAGCAUGAGGACAACUGGAGUAUGUGCCUCCCCCUGUCCCUGGACCCCCUCUCUGCCUAAUCCCUGUUGGGCCCUGGACACACUCUGAGAGGGGGGAUGGAGGCUCUCUCUCCCCUCUCCUCCCUAAUCUUCUCCCUCUUGUCCAUUCACUGGCCCUCUCCACACAGGAUGCAGCUCUCUCUCUUCUUCACCUCUUUUAGCUCUCUCCCUCCCCCUCUCUCUCGCUCUAUGUCUUUCUCUUUCUCUCUCUCUCUCGCUUCUUCGACUCUUCUCUCGCUAUCUCAAUUCCCCCACACUCUAUUACCCCUCUCCUCUUCCCCUCUCCGUCCCCUCCCCUCCCCUCCCCCUCUCUCUCCCCCUCUCUCUCUCUCUCUCUCGCUCUCUCUCUCUCUCUCUCUCUCUCUCUCUCUCUCUCUCUCUCUCUCCGCUCUUUCUUACCCCUCUCUCUCAACCAACUCUACCUACAUGUACACUACCAGUCAAAAGUUUGGACACACCUACUCAUUCAAGGGUUUUUCUUUAUUUGUACUAUUUUCUACAUAGUAGAAUAAUAGUGAAGACAUCAAAACUAUGAAAUAACACAUAUGGAAUCAUGUAGUAACCAAAAAACUGUUAAACAAAUCAAAAUAUAGUUUAUAUUUGAGAUUCUUCAAAGUAGCCACCCUUUGCCUUGAUGACAGCUUUGCACACUCUUGGCAUUCUCUCAACCAGCUUCAUGAGGUAGUCACCUGGAAUACAUUUCAAUUAACAGGUGUAUUUUGAAUUGUUUAACACUUUUUGGGUUACUACAUGAUUCCAUAUGUGUUAUUUCAUAGUUUUGAUGUUUUCACUAUUAUUCCACAAUGUCGAAAAUAGUAAAAAUUAAGAAAAACUCUUGAAUGAGUAGGUGUGUCCAAACUUUUGACUGGUACUGUACAUAUUACCUAAAUUACCUCGACUAACCUGUGCCCCCACACAUUUACUCUGUACCGGUACCCCCUGUAUAUUGCCUCCCUACUGUUAUUCUACUGCUGCUUUUAAAUUAUUAUUAUUUAUUUUUUUACUUAUCUAUUUUUUACUUAACAUUUAUUUUUCUUAAAACUGCAUUGUUGGUUAAGGGCUUGUAAGUAAGCAUUUCACUGAAAGUAUUCGGUGCGUGUGACAAAUACAAUUUGAUUUGAUCUCUUUCCCCCUCUCCCAUAAUCAUUAAGGCGACUCAGAGUUUGGGGAGCUUCCAUAUUCAGGCUUUAACUGAGGUUAUUGUCAAGUGUCCAUUCCAGAAGAAUGAUGUUCUACAAUCAUCAAGGGCUGGUUUCCCGGACACAGAUUAAGACUAGUCCUAGACUAAGAAGCUCUUUCAAUGGAGAAUCAAGUAAUAACCUUGAUGUAGCUUCACAUUUAUUCAGGACCAUUAUAACUGUAGUUAUUGGGAGGGUUGUUCAAUGGGCUUAAAGUGGCAAUCAGCAGUUGAAACAGUAACAAAGCGUCCUCCCAGCCCCUGUUGCGGUAAAAAAGCUGAGAGAUGGGGCUGGAGAAAUGUAAACACUCUCAAAUUCAUAAACAGACAUGUGGAUGCAAGGACUGACCAUCCAUGACAUCACAAUAUAGUUUUAACCAUGUUUUGAAGCUUUAUAGGGUUUGUUUACAUUUACUUUGUUUACAAAUAUUGGAGUAAAACAGGCUUAUAUUUUGGGUUCUGAUGGGGUACAACAGUUUAAAUAAGCUCAUCAUGCAUUUAUAAGUUAUAUUCUUCAAGAAUGAAUGGGUACAUACACAAUAUUAAUUUAAAAGUCCAAAAAUGGAUGUAGCAACUGCAGAUUGCCCCUUUAAGAUGACCUACUUUAAUUGGUAUCUUUAUUAUGAAAUGUUGAGCCAUAGGUGAGAGCAUCCUGGUCGUCUGAUGAGUGUAACAAUAAUGUUUUAUUAGCACCAUUAACCUGCCUGCAGUUUUUCUAUCCUGCCAAUGGCUCUCUGGAGCCUAUCUACUUUCUGGCCAACGGCAAAUCAACUGGCUGUAUGUCAGCAGGAAAAAUACACCUACACAGACACUCCUAGUUGUGGAAUGACCCAAUAGGGGGAGGGACUGUCUCAAUAACGAUAAUGUAUUUAUUUGUUAAGGGACAGAUACAAUUAAAACAUUGACAGUCAGAUGCACUGCACCAUCAUGCUUUAGUGUGCGCUAAUUUGCACCAUCAACCCCCCUAGAUAUGUAGCUGUUAUUUUUUUUACCAAACUGUUUUACUGUUGUUCAAGUUUUGACAAAGACAACCAUUUCGAGGACUUUAAUAAAUUCACAGCGACAGCUAACAGUGUUUUUACCAAUUGUCUUUUGGAAAGUAGAUGAUACUAUAAUUUAGAUGCAGAUGAUUCAAUAAGAUGAAUGAAUUGAUGAUAAUGAACCAUUUUAAUGAAGCGUUUUAUUCCAGAGAAAUUGAGAACAAGAAAUAUUGUUGUUUUGUCUGUUUCCACUAGUGAAUGGGCUCCUACAUAAUAGGGGGUUCAAAGUGUGUGUGGGGGCGUCUGAAUAGAAUAGUGUGAGUGUGAGGCAAGUGCGGGGUGUGUAGGCAUGUCACAAGGCAAUUAUCCGGCGUUGCCGUGUGACAAAAUGGCGGUUCUCUGUCUUUUGUGUGCAGAUGGUGUGGGAGAACGGCUGUGUGGUCAUUGUCAUGCUGACGACCCUCACUGAGAGCGGAGUCAAACAGUGCUACCACUACUGGCCUGAUGAGGGGUCCAACCUUUACCACAUCUAUGAGGUACGAGGCCUGGCUAUCCAAUGUCGGCUGUUUGAUCAAAUUGACAUUUUUUACAUUAUUCUAGUUGUAUGUAUUGUCUGUUCUAAAUUGAAAUAUGGUUAUAGUCGUUUUGAUUUUAAAAUGCAUACGCUUGUGUAACAGAGUCAUCUCAGCGUAAUUUGGUUGUAAAUUUACUCACUUUUAAUUGUAUUAAUCUGUUUACUUAAUAGCACAGUAAUACACAUUUUCUGUGUUUCUAUAAGGUGCACUACAUGUUUAAAAUGGCAUGCUUAAGCGUGUAUUCAGGGUAACUCUGACCAUAGAAUUAGACCAUGCAACUCAUUCUACUUCUCUGACAUCACUUCCUCUUUUUGUAGGUGAACCUGGUGUCGGAGCACAUCUGGUGUGAUGACUUCCUGGUUCGUAGUUUCUACCUGAAGAACAUGCAGACCAACGAGACGCGCACCGUCACGCAGUUCCACUUCCUAACCUGGCUCAACCAGAACGUCCCUGAGUCCAGCAGGACGCUCCUGGACUUCCGCAGGUAGGACUUCCUAGAGUCAGGGCUAUCCUCACCGCUAUCUAAAAUUGCCAAAAUCCGUGAACUUUCCCAAAAUUCCCAGAUUUACCAGAAAUCCUGAAGGAAUUUGGGGAAAGUUACAUGGGAUUUUGGGGAAAGUUACCAGAGUUUUGCAACCAUAUUGUUGUCAGAUUGAUAUGGUAUCAAUAGGGUAUUUUGUGGUAUUAAACUUCUGGUACUCUUUUCAUAUUCUCUCUUAUUUUCCUCUCACUUUACGUGCCAGUCUUCAUAUAGUACAAUGACUACUAGGACUCAGUCAUCUCUUUAUUGCUAGCCCUGCUGCUCUCUGAGGUCCACAGAGGAACCUUUCAAAUAACAGAACAAGUCUGAGUAGUGUGUUAUAUACAGUGCCUUGCAAAAGUAUUCAUCCCCCUUGGCAUUUUUCCAAUUUUGUUGUAUUACAACCUGUAAUUUAAAUAGAUUUUUAUUUGGAUUUCAUGUAAUGGACAUACACAAAAUAGUCCAAAUUGGUGAAUUGAAAUGAACAAAAAUAACUUGUUUCAAAAAAUUCAAACAAAUAAAUAACGGAAAAGUGGUGCGUGCAUAUGGAUUCACCCCCUUUGCUAUGAAGCCCCUAAAUAAGAUCUGGUGCAACCAAUUACCUUCAGAAAUCAAAAUUAGUUAAAUAAAGUCCACCUGUGUGCCAUCUAAGUGUCACAUGAUCUGUCACAUGAUCUCAGUAUAUAUAAACCUGUGCUGAAAGGCCCCAGAGUCUGCAACACCACUAAGCAAGGGGCUCCACCAAGCAAGCGGCACCAUGAAGACCAAGGAGCUCUCCAAACAGGUCAGGGACAAAGUUUUGGAGAAGUACAGAUCAGGGUUGGGUUAUAAAAAAAUAUCAGAAACGUUGAACAUCCCACGGAGCACCAUUAAAUCCAUUAUUAAAAAAUUGAAAGAAUAUGGCACCACAACAAACCUGCCAAGAGAGGGCCGCCCACCAAAACUCACGGACCAGGCAAGAAGGGCAUUAAUCAGAGAGGCAACAGAGACCACAGAUAACCCUGAAGGAGCUGCAAAGCUCCACAGCGAAGAUUGGAGUAUCUGUCCAUACGACCACUUUAAGCCGUACACUCCACAUAGCUGGGCUUUACGGAAGAGUGGCCAGAAAAAAGCCAUUGCUUAAAGAAAAAAAUAAGCAAACACGUUUGGUGUUCGCCAAAUUGCAUGUGGGAGACUCCCCAUACAUAUGGAAGAUGGUACUCUGGUCAGAUGAGACUAAAAUUGAGCUUUUUGGCCAUCAAGAUUCUUGAGGGAAACCUGUUUCAGUCUUCCAGAGAUUUGAGACUGGGACGGAGGUUCACCUUCCAGCAGGACAAUGACCCUAAGCAUACUGCUAAAGCAACACUUGAGUGGUUUAAGGGGAAACAUUUAAAUGUCUUGGAAUGGCCUAGUCAAAGCCCAGACCUCAAUCCAAUUGAGAAUCUGUGGUAUGACUUAAAGAUUGCUGUACACCAGCGGAACCCAUCCAACUUGAAGGAGCUGGAGCAGUUUUGCCUUGAAGAAUGGGCAAAAAUCCCAGUGGCUAGAUGUGCCAAGCUUAUAGAGACAUACCCCAAGAGACUUGCAGCUGUAAUUGCUGCAACAGGUGGCUCUACAAAGUAUUGACUUUGGGGGGGGUGAAUAGUUAUGCACGCUCAAGUUUUCUGUUUUUUUGUCUUAUUUCUUGUUUGUUUCACAAUAAAAAAUAUUUUGCAUCUUCAAAGUGGUAGGCAUGUUGUGUAAAUCAAAUGAUACAAACCCCCAAAACAUCCAUUUUAAUUCCAGGUUGUAAGGCAACAAAAUAGGGGAAAAUGCCAAGGGGGGUGAAUACUUUCGCAAGCCACUGUAGCCUGGUGUUAUUGUAUUUGUGGUGCACACUCAUGAGAUGAGAUCUUCUGGGAAAGACAAGGGCCAGGAUAUGUGGUCUAAGAAAAUAUACUGCCAUCGAACCACCAACUGUGGUGAGUGUAGAAAUGUUGUAUUUUAUCACAGGGUGAAGGAAUGGUGAGGGGAAAUACUGAGUUCUCACUCAAUUUCUUAUCACAUACUAUUGCAGUAACACUUGAAUCUGAAUAUUGGUUUGUGGUUUCAACAACAUUUAUCACACUUGAGGGUUCGAGAACAUAAACUGCAAGCUAAUUCCUCUCUCUGUAUGCCAGCAUGUAUUUAAUUAACACAACCUACUUCUGAUCGAGCAGCACACUCUUUUUGUCAGUUUCAUAGCUUCCUACCUGUUUUGGUUUGGUUUUUCCUUUUGUUAUUUUGCCAGCUAAUUAGCGGUUGCCAGUGUCAUUUUUGUGAUGUUGCAGCUAGUAAUAUGAGCCCAGUUGCAUAGUCACAAAAGUGAUCAUUGGAAACUGUGACUCUGCAACCAGGGGCCUUGCGGAACCCCCCUCCUCCUCCUCCUACCCCUCUCUCUCCUCAGCCUCUCCUCUCUCUAACGACCUCUCGCCUUUUGCUUGCUCAUGAUUUGCUUGACUUCCUCUGACUGAUACUCUCUAUAAGCGUAACUUCUCUAAGGAUCGCCUCCCUCCUUUGAAUUCCCCCACUACUCCCCCAACCAACCCCCCAUUGGUGAUCUGCUGUUGUCCUAUGGUAACUUGGUUCAUGGUGGGAUCUGUGGGAUCGGGACUUCUGAAUUGUGAAAUGUUUUCUCUGUUUGUUGCGCAACAUUUUCUGUCAAUUUACUUUUGAUCGAUGAAGGAAUGCUGUUAAGUUAUAUCCAAUUUAUUAAAGAGAUAAUCAUUGGGGAUUAUAGCGAGAGUAUGAAACAAAUCCUAGGCAUAAGUAUUCAGUGUCCUGCCACACAUACUGUACAUGUAAAUAUAUAAGUCUGUAGUAUACAUACAGAUGGAAGUUGAAUUCUUAUUUAGUUUCAGUAAGAUCAUUAGCCUACUUAGUGUACUUUUAUGAGAGUGAGUGACCCCCUAACCCCACCACCACUUCCCCUAACCCCCACCACCACUUCCCCUUUAACAUUGUAGUUCUUGCGCUCCAUGAUCAAAAGAUCUGGUCCAGCAUAAUUCACCCCCACAACAACAGCUAGUUAACAAUGUGAGGGCCGCUGUAGGGUGCUGCUGGCAGGAGUGUGUCUCCUUGUCUUGCCACUGUGUAAUGUCUUUAAUUGUACAAGGUUAAUGCACGGGGGACACAGGGACUGAGUCUCAAAUGGCACCCUAUUCCCUAUGUAGUGCACUAUUUUUGAUCAGAGCCCUGGUCAAAAGUAGUGCACUAAAUAGGGAAUAGAGUGUCAUUUCGGACGCAGUCAGGCCUUUUACCCAGCAGCCUCCACACCUCAUUACCACAAUCCAAUAUAUCACCACUGCAAUGGCAUAUCUUCAUUAAGUCAGUCUAUUAAUUAUGGUUGUGAAAUGUGGAUGUAUUAUUUAAAUGUUUUUGAUUGACAAGGGAUGUAUCUUUCCUCCAUAGUAUCAUUAUAAUAUUUUACCUUGAUGUAGACUUGUUCUUGAUAUACAGAAAUGCAUUUCUAUUAGGUCAUUUUUAAUUUGAGAAGUGUUGCCCAGUUAAAACCAAGCCUAAAUGAGAAUAACAUUGGUUCAAUGACUGGGUGUACUCUUUUAUUUUAUAUUUCAUUUUGAUGUUGGGAUUUGACAUCAUGUUUAUGAUGCUUUAUGUCUUUUGUCUGUUCUGUUGCAGAAAGGUUAACAAGUGCUACCGGGGACGGUCUUGUCCUAUAAUAGUCCACUGCAGGCAAGUAUAAACAGUAUUCUACCUCAGUAAAGGAAGUAAAUGAUGUAACCACAGUAUACCAUGUGUCUGUAGUGGGUCUUAUAUCUAUGAGGAUUGCGCCCUCUCUCUGAGCCAUAAGGUCCUAAAGGCUUCUUAACAGCUUCUACCCCCAAGCCACAUGACUCCUGAACAGCUAAUCAUGGCUACCCGGACUAUUUGCAUUGUCCCCCCCACCCCACCCCCUCUUUUACGCUGCUGCUACUCUGUUUAUUAUCUAUGCAUAGUCACUUUAACUCUACCCACAUGUACAUAUUACCUCAAUUACCUCAACUAACCUGUGCCCCCGCACAUUGACUCUGUACCGGUACCCCCUGUAUAUAGCCUCCCUACUGUAAUUUUAUUUUACUGCUGCUCUUUAUUUUUUACUUAACACUUUUUUUCUUAAAACUGUAUUGUUGGUUAAGGGCUUGUAAGUAAGCAUUUCACUGUAAGGUCGACACCUGUUGUAUUCGGCGCAUGUGGCAAAUAACAUUAGAUUUUUGAUUUGAUACGGUUGAAUAGAUGUACAAAGAUCUAUAUCACAGUUCCCAAAUAUAUAUCAAACCUGAAAUAAACGGUUGGAAUAUAGUUUAUCGUUUACAGCUUGUGUUUUCAGUUUUCAUAUAACCAUUAGCACAAGCAACAAAAUGCUAGAGGCAUUGUACAAUACACAGAUGCACCUUGCAGACAGAUCACAGAGCUCUCUCCUUCUCUCACUCUGCUCAGCUCUGAGAGACCAGCCAGUCGAGGCUAGGCAGGCAGACAUCUUAAGACGUGUUUUCUGUGGUCCGAGGCUGUUUGUCCCCAGCGUUAUCUUUGAUCAGUCCAUAAUGACCUGUGCUAGACAUUGCUAGGUGUAGGUACAUACUGCACACUGCAGACCUCAGAUCACAGACGUAGAUAGCAGCAUCCCCCUUGAGUUCAUGUCUGUGUCCCAAAUGGCAACCUAUUCCCUAUAUAGUGGCCCUACAAGGCCCUGGUCAAAGGUAGUGCACUAUAAAGGGAAUAGGGUGCCAUUUGGGAUGUACAUCCUGUAUACUGCAGUGGGAUUGUGUUCAAUUAUCACUGCCCAGUGUGUUCAGGUACACAACAGACUGUGUGUGUAUGUACACACACCACUCGUGUUUUUUGGGGGGGGUUUGGUUUUAUUUUCACAGAGCCAACUUCAGUUGUAGAUUAUUUAGAAAUGGAAAGACAUAAGUGAAAUACAUAGUGAAAAUAGUAUUGCAACUCUAUUCAACAGACAACAUCUUUCUCUAUACUGAGUGUUUUAGUUUUUCACCGGCAAUUUGAAGGAAUGUAUUCUCCCUUGCAUAAUAUUUCAGCUUUGCCACUUUUGAGGACGGUUCAUUUUUUCCUGUUAUUACAUUUAAUCUCGAAAACAAUCUUUUUAUUCCAAAAUCAUUAUGCUUUGAUGUUGUUCAGCCCUUGAAAUAACAUCAGUAGUUUUAUAUGCUUGGAUACUAAACCGUCCUCUAUACUGUCACCUGUUAUAAGUGCAUGGAAGCAAGGCACGCUUUUAGGAAGUGAAACAAUAUCAAACAAAUAAUAUCAGCAUUCAAAAUGAACAACUUGUUUUCAUUUUUAGGGCUAUAAGAACAAUUGUGUUGACUAAAACGAUAACACAUAGUUAAUGACGAUCGUCUUUCUCUCUCUCCCUCUCUCUCUCUCCCUCUCUCUCUCGCCCUCUCUCUGUCUCUCUCUCUAUUGCAGCGACGGCGCCGGGAGGAGUGGAACAUACAUUCUGAUUGACAUGGUUCUCAAUAAGAUGGCUAAAGGUGGGAGUCAGACAGCUUUUAUUUUCUCUUUACGCUUGUGUGGUGGAGGCAUCGCCAUGGCAACAUUAAAGCCUUCAUUUUUCAGCCAUGGGUCUUGAAAUGCAUUAGAGGGUGACUGGCUGGGGUGCAGCUUUAUUGAAUGAAUGAUCAAUGGAGAUUGAGAGAUAUUUUUGGAUAAUAUUUUCCAAAGGCAGUAUUCUCAAUCACAAGUAAUAUUUCAGAUUUUAAGAGUUCCUACUCUGCCAAUUUAAAUCAAGCAAAUUGUAAGUGUGUUAUGAUCAGUUCAUGAUGUUUAUUUGAAUGUUAUGCAAACUAUAUACAUAAUUGUGUUCAUGUAGACUCACAUGCACGUUAUGUUGGAAUGUGCUAUUCUAUUCAAAUGAAAAGCACCUUACACCAAUUGCUUCAGCAUGACACACACACACACACACAUACACACACACAGGUUCACCCCCUAUUUUUUUCUUGACCUAUUCUCCUCUGGUUUGUAUGUGUUUGUGUGUGUGCGUGUGUGUGCAUCCGUGCGUUUACAUUUGUGUAUUAGCGAUUGCAAAAUCUUCUGACCGGUGCUGUGACCUUGGCCUUAAUGAAAGAUCAAAGGCCAAAGCAGGCAUCUUAGGCCUGCUGAGAGGGGCUUUUCCCAGGCUGUCACGCUGUGAGGCAGCCCAAAGGCUUUUUUCUCCGUGCCGGGGAGGAAUCUGGGCCCGGCCAGUUAGGGCUAGGGUCCUCUUUGUCUGUCUCCUGAAAAGCAGGAGGCCCAGGUUGCAGCGACAGCGUUCCCUCAACCUGAUCAAAGGACCUGUAGGCCACACAAUCAUUCUCUCCUCUCUUUUUUUACCCUCUCCUUUUCUCCCAAGGAAUGAAUUGUAAAUUCGGAAGCAGAGAAUUAUGCAGUUUUUUUUUUUACUUACUCCCAAAGCCUGUUAUUUUUUUCUCCUGCUGUAAUGUUCUCUCUAACUUAAGAAUCGGCAGCACAAGUGCAGGAGUGCUUUCAGCCCGGGGUCCAGCUGCCAGCCAUGGCUCUGUCUCUUUCACGGCUCCCACAAGGACUUGGGGCUUUCUCCUCUUUAUUCUCAGGCUCCCCUCCUUGAAGGGAAUCUUGCGAGGGAAACUCAAUUGAGCCGUUUAUACUGUUCCUAUACAGUCUGGUUUAUUAGAACCAGCACAAUAGUACGAUUGUUAGUUCCCAGAAAAUAAAGAACUUAUCAGUGUGGCGCUCGUAGAACUGUGCGAGCACCAUUCUUUGUAACUGUAAAGUAAAAACUGUCAUAUUGAAAGAGAAUGGCUUGAAUGAGCUAUUCUAGCUUAUUAUUAUUUGUAUGUGUCAAAACAAAAAAGUUUGCUCUUAUGAUACACAGGAAUGAUUUUCUGAAGAAUCUGUGGGAGGGGUUGAGGUAGUUAGCUACAGAAAACAAAUAAAAUCCAUUUUCUUGUCAUCUAUUUUCAUCACCACUCCUCAUGAAUUUAAUUGUGUUGUGAUUGUCUCUCCCUCGCUCUGUGAGGUUUCAUGGUAGGCUUUCAGCGCCACACAGGCGAUCAUGUAGUCUGGCCCCAAUUAGUUCAAGACCCAGAUAGCCGUCUUCUUUGUGAUCACAGCCGUGUUUGGUCGGCAGGGGAGCAUGGAGCGGUGCCAACUGGGCACUGGGGCUGGGCCUGCUGCCAGCCUGACUGGGCACUGGUGCCGAGACAGGGAAGGGAGGCUGCUCUGCUCUCCCAGUAGCCAGCACAUCUAGCUAUUCACCUGGGCGGCAGCUUGCCAGGCAGGCAGCCAGACAGACACUCCCCACCCCUGGCUGCCUGACACUGAGACAGCCUAUAUGGCACCUUGUUUAGCUCACAAAGCAACAGGGGGGACAAAGCUUUUAUCAUAACAAAUCCUUAUUUUGAGAUUUUUAUGUCGUUUUUUUAAGAAUCCUAGCUAAAUACCUGACUCACUCUGAUUCCGGUAUCUUACAUUUCGUGGUUUUACAAAUACCUUUGUAAACAUGGUCUUUUUCCCCAGACAGUUUUUUCUCCCCUCUCCUUUUUCAUCCAGACAACAAGAACAAUCUGAGCCUUGUUUGUAGCAUCUGUGUGGAGAUGGGAUGAAUGUAAUAGUUUUCAAUCGUUGCAAGGCGGAGUUCCAAAGGGAGCGAGUAAAAAAAGAGAUUGACAGACGCUGCCUGGAUUAUCUCCUGGCUUUGAACUCGGUCCAAUUUGUUGUUGGUGUUGUGUUGCAGGUGCUAAGGAGAUUGAUAUUGCUGCCACCCUGGAGCACUUGAGGGACCAGCGGCCGGCUAUGGUCCAGACAAAGGUACUGUCCUCACCUCUACUGGGAACUCUAAUGGACUCUUUUAUUUUUGAGAGGGAGGGAGGGAGCUUACUAUAGAGGCAGGUAUCAUUACGUAGUAAAUUGGUGCACAAAUGGUUCUUCACAACUGGAUUUGGUGCAGGACUGAUGCAAUACUUUACAAUGUAAUGCAGUCAGAGCAGAAGUUAUCUUGACAUCCAAUCCCCUCAAUACAUUUCCUCAAAGAGGAUGAUGUACCUCAGAGCCUUUGUACAUCACCACCAGACCUCAUUUAAAAGAGUCUAAUACAUCACCCCAGCCUACAGUCUACUAGAACAGACCUAUCUGCACGAGAACAAAACUACGAAAUGUAGAAACGUUAUGAUCCCUUUUUAAUCUGAAAACCUAGCUUUAAGAAGUGUCUGCAAUGCAGCUCUGAUAAUUAGCUUCAGAGGGAUUGCCUUUGCUUUAGUGCAGUGCUACGUUUGUAGUAGGUGUACGGUGCUUCCUAUAUACUUCGAGAGAGAGAGAGAGAGAGAGAGAGAGAGAGAGAGAGAGAGAGAGAGAGAGAGAGAGAGAGAGAGAGAGAGAGAGAGAGAGAGAGAGAGAGAGAGAGAGAGAGAGAGAGAGAGAGAGAGAGAGAGAGAGAGAGAGAGAGAGAGAGAGAGAGAGAGAGGCUCAGUUAGUUCUGUGUCUUGUCUACGGUGGGAUGUGUAACACAGGUACACUCAACAAAUGUAGAACUUUUAUGUCUGUUUCAUUAAGCAGAGCUCUCUCUCCAGAGUGUCAGCUCAAAUGGCACUAAAAACAUAGAAUGAACAAUAUUUAUUCUGGUCAGACAAUUCAUAGUGCAUCAACAGCCAGUUUGGAAACAUGAAUAAUCAUAUUUUUGCUAUUAUGGUGAUGAAAACAUAAUGUUUUAUUAGUAGAAGUCUUUGUUUUCUGCAAUACAUUUCUGAUGCAGUACUAUUGAUUUCAGUAGUUUAGGGUUCUACAUCAGUGGUUUAGGUGCUACAUACAUAGUAGUAUGAAAAUGUAUGCACUCACUAACUGUAAGUCGCUCUGGAUAAGAGUGUCUGCUAAAUGACUAAAAUGUAAAUGUUAGUUGUUUGUUUAGUUAGUAAAUGCUAGUCUCACUCCCCCUAGUGGUUACUUAUUGAAUCACAGAGAAGUCAGGACUUUAAUCUUUCACAUGAAUCGCUGUACUGUAGCUCCCCAGGUGUUUCGAUUUCUGUAAUAUGAGUCUAUUUCAAAUUAAUCUGGAAAGAACAUUGGCUUUAACUUUACGUUGACUCUCUCUCUCUCUCUCUCUCUCUCUCUCUCUCUCUCUCUCUCUCUCUCUCUCUCUCUCUCUCUCUCUCUCUCUCUCUCUCUCUCUCUCUCUCUCUCUCUCUCUCUCUCUCUCUCUCUCUCUCUCUCUCUCUCUCUCUCUCUCUCUCUCUCUCUCUCUCUCUCUCUCUCUCUCUCUCUCUCUCCACCCUCAGGAGCAGUUUGAGUUUGCAUUGACAGCUGUUGCAGAGGAGGUGAACGCCACACUCAAAGCUCUUCCA